AUGGCGCCACUGAUGGAUACUCCCGCGGGCCGUGGAACCUCUGCAUUCCAUGACCAGAUAUCUGCUUCAUCUUUCUCGCUGACUGCGUUGAUCUCUGCAACGGUUGACAACGGCGCAGCGGUCAUCGAGCGCUGGAGGACAUGGGCAAUUGGUCAAGCAUCUGCUCUGCUUGAUCAGCAUCUGACCGUCGCCUCGGAGUUCAACGCCAAGAUCGAAGGCCCGCUGUACUGCAAUCUGCUGGGUCCAACACAGUGGCCUUCCGAGGGGUCGCUGCCGGAAUUUGCGCCUCUCGUGCAACAGCCGAUCAAGGAGGUAGCGGGAGUCGCAAACACCGUCCGCGGGCUGGCCGCCAAAGCGAUGGGGAUUGACAACCGUCUGUUGGACCAGCUGUUCGAUGCCAAGCAGCAGUAUCGUGGACGGAUGAUCAAGUACCCAUCUCCGCCUGCCGAUGCGGAUCCGGCAGCGGUGCAGGCAUUGGGUGCCCACCAGGACACUGCGUUUGCAACCCUCAUUUGCCAAUUGACUGACCAUAUCUCGCUGCAGGUGCAGAACGCCCAAGGGACCUGGAUCGAUUGUCCGCCUGUGCCUGGAUACCUCCACCACCGCCCUAUCUGCAGACGCUAA